CCUGUGGAGGGAGUGACAGGGAGGAAGGGGGGCUGGAGGCAGAAGUUUUGCAAUCCGGGGGCGGUGUCAGUAAGGAAGUUGCUGGAGUCCUGUCACUUAGAGAUUAACCCUGUACAGUAAUAGUCCCAGUCAGUGUGUGUGUCCGGCGGCUCCUGCACCACUCCCCCUCCUCCAUGCCUGUUGUGCCCCUAUCGGAGCCAUGGCCAUGCCUAGUAAGAGCGCCGAGUGGCUGCAGGAGCAACUGGAGUCCGGCCGGGAGAGCUCCGUGCUGCUACUGGACUGCCGCCCCCAUGAUCGCUACCAGUCGUCGCACAUCGAGGCGGCCAUCAGCCUCACUAUCCCCGGCCUGAUGCUGCGCCGCCUGCGCAAGGGAAACCUCUCCAUCCGCUCCAUAAUCCCCAACGACCGGGACAAGGAGCGAUUCGCCAGGCGAUGUAACGCGGACACGGUGCUGCUGUAUGACGAGGCCACGCACGACUGGCAGGAGAACGGCUCCUCAGUGCUGGCGCUGCUGCUGCACAAACUCAGGGAGGAAGGCUGCAGAGCUUACUAUCUGAAAGGUGGUUAUACUAAAUUUCAGAGGGAAUAUCCAGAACAUUGUGAGACCUGCCUGGAUAAUGCCUGCCCCAAUCUACCGUCGCCUGAAACCGUCCUUGGAUUAGGCAGUUUAAGGAUCAAUUCAGAAUGUUCUGACGGAGAAUCUGACCGAGAACCAAGCAGCGCAACGGAGUCAGAAGGAAGUCCAACCCUCACCAGCCAAUCAACAUUCCCUGUGCAAAUCCUGCCUUAUUUAUACCUCGGCUGUGCAAAGGACUCCACCAACCUUGAUAUCCUGGCCAAAUAUAACAUCAAGUACAUCCUCAACGUGACUCCUAACUUGCCAAACACGUUUGAACACAAUGGAGAAUUCAAAUACAAGCAGAUCCCCAUCUCAGAUCACUGGAGUCAAAAUCUGUCACAAUUUUUUCCUGAGGCCAUCUCCUUUAUCGAUGAGGCUCGCGCAAAGAAAUGUGGCAUCCUGGUUCACUGCCUUGCUGGAAUCAGCAGGUCUGUGACAGUUACCGUCGCUUACCUCAUGCAGAAACUCAACUUGUCGCUUAACGACGCCUACGAUUUUGUGAAAAGGAAAAAGUCCAACAUAUCUCCAAACUUCAACUUCAUGGGACAGCUGCUCGAUUUCGAAAGGACUCUGGGGCUGAAAAGUCCUUGCGACAUCCGGUCCCCAACGACUCAGCUGUACUUCACCACUCCAACCAAUCGCAAUCUCUUUCAACUGGAUGGUUUGGAAUUUACAUGAUCAGAAUUAUUUUAGUCUAAAGGAAUGAGAAAACCCCAUUGGUGGGUUGGAAAGGUAAAUGCCAAGACCCUGCUGGUAUAUGAUGUGCCAAUGAACAUGUAGUAACAUAUAUAAAUGGUUCAAUUGAUUGUUUCUCCUCUCGGAAUGGACCCAUAUGCACUUAAUGUUUCUAAAAUAAUAAUUUUUCCAUCCAGAAAAGAAAUCCGUGUAAAAUGACUAUGGAACCUGUUGCAGCAAUUUUAUAAUUUUCUAUUUUCCUACAUUUUUUGGGGAUUUUUAUCUGUUUGGUUCAGGUGUUCAUGUUUGAAAAAGCUUGGACAGAUGCACUUUGUUUGCUCCGGAUAUUUUCUGGGUCUAGUACUUAUCUCAUGAAGCAUUGAUUGAUCGCCUUGCAGUAAGAAAUCAUGACUUGUGCUACAGAUAAACCAAGUCACAUUGGAUGUUUUUUUAGGUAUUUUUUUCUGUCCCAAACUAAUUAUGGAUCAGGAGUCAUGAAGUGUUUUGAGACUCAGACUUUAAAAAAAAGAAAAGGCAACUAUACAUAAAUAUUCUUAAAGAAUUGUGCUUAGUAUGGGGAAUUUCAUGUUCUACCAUUGUUCAAUGGUAUGUCUAUCACGUUAUAAGAAAACCUAAGGAGUUGUUCCAUUUAUGGGCCAGUUUGGCUGGCCUUACCCUGCUCACCACCCUUGAUGCUUCUUAUUAGAGGAUUACAACACAAUAGAAAGGCAAUGGUACAUGGAUGGGCCAAUUGUGCGGUUGCAGGGAAGUAGUAAAAUGCUUGGAAUUACCCCAAAUGGUUAUCAAAUGUAUCCUGCCAGUGCACUCAUAAGUCAGGUAAAUAUGAUUCAGAAUUUUGGUGAGCAUCUCUGUGCUGGAACCUUCCCCCAUGCCAUUGCCUUUAAGAAGCUUGUGGCCACAACCCUGAGUUACAGUAGCAGCUUAAGCAAGGCUAAAGGUGGCCAUAGACUUCAUAUCACCGAUAUCACCAAACAAGCAGAUCUCUCCCUGAUAUGCCCACAUUGAAGUGGGCGAUAUCGGGCUGAUCCGAUCGGAAUGGAUCCGAUUCCGGCGGUCGGAUCGCGGGACGCACAGAUGCGGCCACGAUCCGACAGGACUUUUUAACCUGCUCGAUCGAGAUCUGCCCGAGUUUUGGCCAAAUAUCAAUUGGGAAAGCCCGUCUGAUGGCCCCACAAGCGGGCCAAUAAGCUGCCGUCUAGAUCUGUCGGCAGAUUUUAUUGGUCCGUUGUGGGGGCCCUUAAGACUGCAAGCAGAACCAAUAACACCUUCAUAGAAGCUGAGGGUUUGGGGCAAAAGCACAAUAAUUAUCCAUUCAUCUCCUAAAAUUUCUAUUAGAAACAAGAAACUAGAAGAUGAGGAUAUAAGUAGCAAUUCAAUAUCAAUGAGACAAGAGUUAAGCCGUGUAAAUCACCUGAUAAUAAGUGUGUGUAUACGGUCCUGUUGCAUCAUUCAUGAUGUCAUCUCAAUAUCACACGGUCCUGUCACUUUAACAGUGCGCCUAUAUCAUGCUUAUCAGUAUAUUGAUAAACCUGUUGCGCACAAAAUUUCACGCACAAAAGUCGCCUUAAAUCCUGAAUGAGAUGGGCACCACCCACCUUUUUUAUAAUCCUCAACCCGAUUUAUAUACAAAAUAAAAAGAAUA